AAUGUGCACAUCACAAACAUUCGACGUGAACAAGAUGCCUGCAGGCGUUUUGUCGUGGACUCUAACAUUCUCGAAAUUGGGACUGAAAUCAUUGUUAGACCGUUUGGGUUUGUUGCCAAAGGUGACAAGGACCCUAACAUAUCUGGAAGAACAAUACACGAUCUGUCCUGUCCAAAAGCAUAUUCGGUGAACGACGCAACCGAAACGGACGACAAGCCAGCUCUGACAUGCCAACCUUGCACCUCGGUCGUCCGACAGGUGCUUUCCAUAGCCGAAGAAUCUAACCCACUUCAGCUGACAACCCUCAUGGACGGCGACGUUGCCGAGGCUGCCCGCAAGGUGGGUAUCCACGCGGGUAGUGUCUGUCGCAUACCAGAAGCUAAAGCUCUCGUUCUCGACCUAUUUGCUCUGUUUGGAUGGACCUUGUCCCCGGCAGAAUACGAUUUCUAG